UGGCUCUGCAUUACUGUUUGUUGUCCACCAGAUGUCACUAUUGUUCCCCAAGUUGUUCUUCCCCUGAUUGCUAGUUAAUUAUCGCCAUCUGUUUUUAUAUGAAUGUGUGUAUUUAGGUUGCGGCAAUUUGGGGGUUCAGUAUUUGGAUGGCCAGCACUUUGUGUGUUUUAUUCCACUGUGUUCUAUUCCAUUUUUUUGCUUUUCUAUCUCUUUCUUUUUUGUUGAUUAUUUUUAUAUAAUAUAUUUACAUUGGUUUGUUGUUGUUUUUACCUUAUUGUGAUUUUCGCUGCUUUAUUGCCUUCACACCAACGUCCUUGGGGGAGAAACAAAAUGAGACAACAAUGUUGACAUCUAGUGGACAAAAGAACAGUACAGACAAGUACAAAGAGUCCGAUUUCUCUCAGAACACAAAUCCUGACAGUCAUCAUGUGAUGAUGUGGAUGUUAAAGGGGUUUGAUGUGAACAUCUGGACAUUCAGCAGCGAGCACUUCAUCAGGGCCUCAGAACCUCAGCAGUGGCAUCAUGAUGGCACUCGUGUUCCUGUUCCUCCUGCUCUCAGAAGUCUGGCAGGUGUUUGUGGAACAUCGACCUGCUGUGCUGCUAUGAAGCCUGAUGGUUCAUGGGAAAGUCUUCAGUGCACAAAGACAAGAUAUUUCAUGUGUUAUAAAGAAGAUGUUUCUUCACAGAUUCCUAAUUAUCAUCUAAUCCUUGAGAAUAAGACCUGGUAUGAAGCUCAGCGUUACUGCAGGAGUAAAUACACCGACCUGGUCAGCAUCAGAGAUCAGCAACAGAAUGAAGAGGUGAAGAUGAAAGGGUUAAACAGUAACACACUCUUCUGGAUCGGUCUGCUGCGUGAUGACUGGCAGUGGACUGAUGGAGGAAACUCCACCUAUAGAAACUGGGCGAGUGGUUUUCCUCAAUCAUCAUCAUCAGGUGACUGUGUAUCACUGGGGUUUGGAGGACAAUGGUAUUCAGUGCCAUGCAGUAAUAAUUUUCAAUACACUCUGUGCGACACUUCCACCAUCCAUGUGAGUGAUGUGGCUAUGAGCUGGGAGAAAGCUCUGGAUUACUGUCAGCACGGGAACAGGGCUGGAAUUCUCAACAUUGAUUCUGAAGCUGAACAGAAGGAGUUGGAGUCUGAGCUCAGGAGGAGGCGUGUCCCCGCAGGGCCUCUGUGGGUGGGGCUUGGACCGAAGCGUCUCUCUGAGCUGAAGGUGUCGUCCGGUCCACUGACCUGCGAGGACGUGAAGAGACAGACAGAAUCUCCACCGUCUCGCUGUCCUGCUGACACACACACAGCAGGAGCAGAACCUGAGUAUGUGAUGGACUCGACUGAACUUCGGGUCGCGUGUAGACUGAAGUAAACAGGUGUUUUUUCUCAGUGAGUGUACCAGCAGUGUGCAGGACGUGUUCACACUGUACACAUCAAUUCACAUUCACUAUAAUAAUCUUAAUGUCUUUAGUAUGUCCUUCAUACAAUUCAUACAAAUACAUUUAAAUCUGGUUCAUGUUUUUCCACAAAUUCUUGUUAAUUAUAAAGUUUAUGAAAGUUUCUGUUCUCUUUAAUCAACAAACAUAAAA